AAAUGAGCUGAAGAUGAGUGUGCUGGCACUUGCACUUUGCAGAAUCUAAAUCUUGACUUUAGAUAAGGUUAUGGUUAUCGAUAUCUUCACAAUCUUUUUUCUAUAUAUUCCCUAUAUUUUACUUAAUUCUUUUUAUUUUUGUUGCUUGAAUUGUAAUUGACGAACGACCUUGUUUUGUCACUGAACUAGAACUUGGACAAUCGCGUAAAUAAAAAAAAAUGAGUUUGUAUGCGACCAGACUGGUAGCCGUAAGGUCAUCAAUAACCGGAAUUGGUCUAGAAAGUACGCAGAUACCAAGGAAUUUCCACAUAACCUCCGCCCAGUUAACUACCACAAAACCAAAGCAAAAAAUGCCACUUAGUCCUAAACUUAUCGGUGAAGAACGUGAUCAACAACUGAAACCUUUAUUGCUAACAGGUUGGUCUGUAGUUAAGGAUCGGGAUGCAAUCCACAAAGAAUAUCUGUUUAAAAAUUUCAACGAGGCGUUUGGCUUUAUGAGCAGAGUUGCUUUGUUAGCAGAAAAAAUGGAUCAUCAUCCUGAAUGGUUUAACGUGUAUAAUAAGGUGCAGGUAACGUUAGCUUCACACGAUGUCAGUGGUAUCAGUUCUCGGGAUGUAAAAAUGGCUAACUUUAUGGAAACUGUCUUCUCGUCAUAUAGCAAGUAAUUAUUUCUUCUCACCCUGCAAAUUGAUGUGGUCCAAUUGAUAUGAUUUUGAUAUUAAGUUUAUGUACUUAAAAAUUAUAUACGGAUGUUGUAACUA